GUAGUGGACAUUAGUCACUCCAAAAUAGUCCAAAUAAAAUCACUGCAACCCAAACAUGGCUCCGCACAUUAUUACUCUCAUUAUUCUGAUGGUUCUGAAUGGAGCUGAACAGAAAAAGUUCACGGUCUUAUUUGAUCGCAUCGAAUACAAGUCGAACUAUAAACAUUUCAAACUUGCAGCAGACCUUUCUGAAGACAACGUCAUCAACAUGACGAUCAUUGUCACGAAGCCAAUCGACGUAGCUUCCUCAAGAUUGGAAGUGACGGUGGUACAGUUUCUGCAAUAUCGAAACUUAUCAGUGCUGAAUGGAACCUUCCAGUUUUGCCAGAUGAAGGCUAACAGAGACCGGGAAUUCUUUCGGAAGAUUUUCACGGAUAUAUUCAACAAGUUUAGUAAUUUGCCACUCAAGUGUCCAAUCAUGCCGGGGUCGUAUUACUUUGAAAACUUUACUCUAAGAAAUUUGGAGUUACCAAGUUAUACGCGAGACACAAAGUACAGAUCCAAAUAUCAGAUGUUCAUCAAGGGAAAUAAUAGCAAAUUAGUAUCUUUUGCAUAUUUCAUCUGCUACGGGAGCAUCAGGAGCGAAUAGGAUCUUAAUGCAAGUUACGGAUGUCCUUUGGUCAACAGUAUUUAA